AUGGACCAUCGUAGGAUUGGUCACCGCCAUCAUUUGACUUCUGAAGAUGUUGCAUUCUUACAUGGAUCUCUUGAUAAAACAUGUGACAGCUACCUCAAUGAACUCAAAGUAGGAUUAGAGGAGAUCUGUGGGGUGUCUGUCUCGAUACCCACAGUGUGGUGUGCACUCCAGAGGAGCAGAUAUUCUAUGAAAAAGGUGUACCCUUUUGCGAUCUUGUUUUGCUUGUCUUGUCUUGUGACUGCUGACCACACUACUCCCUAG